GCAGCCUCGCGCAUGCGCUUCGGCCCCCCAUGGUUUCGGCCUGUUUCGGAACCGCUCGUGCAUUUUCGCCUCUUUGUUUUACUGAUAGUGGAUUUAACUCGGAUUCAACCCAACAUCCAGCGGAGCGCUCUCUUCAUAAACAGGUGUGUGAGCAGAAGUCCAUGAUGCACAGCUAAUGCCGGCCUGGCUGCCUCUCUGUCUGCAGUAGAUUCAUGGCAGCAUUAGGGAACCCCGAGAUGCUCACAAGGAAGAUUAAACUGUGGGACAUAAAUGCCCACAUUACCUGUCGCCUUUGUGAGGGGUACCUGAUCGACGCCACCACAGUCACAGAGUGCUUACACACGUUCUGCAGGAGCUGUUUAGUGAAAUAUCUGGAAGAGAACAACACAUGCCCCACGUGUAGGAUUGUCAUUCACCAGAGCCACCCACUGCAGUAUAUCGGCCAUGACCGAACAAUGCAAGACAUUGUCUAUAAGCUGGUGCCGGGACUCCAAGAAGCGGAGUUGAAAAAGCAGAGAGAUUUCUAUCAGAAACUGGGUAUGGAGGUACCCGGGGACAUCAAAGGAGAACUGUGCAACAUGAAGGCCCACCUGGACCUGCAACGCAAUGGCGAGGUAAAAUCUGAGGAUCCAGCAAAGGAUGGAGACGAGAAACCAGAAGAGGAUAACGAUUAUCAUCGUAGUGAUGAGCAGGUGAGCAUCUGUCUGGAGUGUAACAGCAGUAAGCUCCGAGGGCUCAAGCGGAAGUGGAUCCGAUGCUCGGCCCAGGCUACCGUUCUUCAUCUUAAAAAAUUCAUCGCUAAGAAGCUCAACUUGACAUCUUUCAAUGAGCUGGACAUUUUAUGCAACGAAGAAAUCCUAGGCAAGGACCAUACGCUCAAAUUUGUGGUGGUUACAAGAUGGAGAUUCAAGAAAUCACCCCUCCUCCUGCAUUACAGACCCAAGAUGGAUUUGCUGUAGUUGGACAGGACGGUUGUUUUGGCCCAGGACUGCGCAGCGCACUAUUUAUGCAGAGACUAUCAACGCCACACACACCAAACACACACCGGUCCCACGAGUCAGUCCUGACACGAGCCAGCAAACAACCAAUACCAACUCACUUAAUGCUACUGCGGUGAUUCAGCCAAGCCAAACAGCUGCAGGCGUUCCUUCUACUCAUCACCCGCUAUGUCCUCGAUAUGUGAAAAAAAACAAAAACAAGAGAAAGCAUAUAUUUAUACUUUUGUACAGAAGAGAGACACGGACCCAAGACGCUACCGGUGCUCUGUUUACACACCAACAACAAACAAAAGGGGUGAAGGUUUUAUAUUGCGACCACGGCUCACGCCGCCGCACAGUGUGUGCACUCCUGAGUGGGGGUCCUGUCACACUGCUCACUGCGGAGAAACUUCUUCACUGCCCACUCACUCGUUCAGGUCUCAUCAGUCUCGGGAGCACAGAAAAUACAACUAUAUGACAAAAGACAUUGUUCCUAAUACGUUUGAGUUGUGAAUUGUCCCAGAGCAUUCCCCCCCCCCCCUUUAUUGCUUCACCGAACGUGGAAUUGUGAAUAGACAAAAUUUUGUGUAGUAAUUUAUGUUCAAUUUACAAGUAUUGUACAUAGAAAUUGUUACAAUGCAAGAGAGAUAAAAAAAAAAAAAAAACCUGAUAGAUGAAAUGUAAGAGUGAGCGAGAGUGCGAGUGCAAGACAGAGAUUGACUGACAGACUGUUCUGAACACGGAUUUUAAUGGAAUGAUUCGAGGAAACCAAAUUUACACCAGUUUUCCACCUAAACACAGAGAAGAUACAGCGCUUUGCGUAAAUAUUCACCCCCCCCCCCUCACAACCGGAAUGUUUCCACAUUUUGUAGUGUAACAACCUGGAAAUGUAAUGGAGUCUCCAUAUGGGUUAUAUGUCGCUAAUCUGCACAAAAUAAUCCAUAAGAUUGAAAUGGGAGGAAAAAACUUUAUAUAGUUUCCAAAAUGACUUACCAAUAAAGAGCAUAAACGAACCGAUUGCUUAAAUAUUCACCUCCUGUUUCUAUCAUAAGUUCCCGGGGCCAUCCGAUCCCAAAUCAUGGAUAUUAAAUAAACCCUGUUUCUGGAAGGCCUCAAAGAAUGUUAAAGAAAAUACUCAGCAUCAUGAGCUUGUAGAGUUAGCAAAAUAAUGUUAUGUUAAAAAAAAAAAAGAAUCAGCAUUUUGGUUAUUAAAUUAAAUCUUUGCACAGAGCACCGUUAUAAUUUUAUAAAUAUUGUCACAAACUCUUUUUUUUUUAUAUCUAUUUUUUUUUUUUUGUCAAUUCAUGAUCCUAAAUAAGUCCAGGUUGUAUUGCUAAAAAAUGUAGAAUGAUUAAGGGGGGGUGAAUACUUUUGUAAGACAAUGCAUUUUUUUUCUUGCUUCGAUGCCAAACACAUCCUAGUUUGUUUUUAUUAUUAUUAUUAUUAUUAUUAUUAUUAUUAUUAUUAUUAUUAUUAUAUUUGAGGUGCAAAAUUGGUGUUAAUUGUUUUUCUUCCCCCUCAAACAUUCUUUUAAAUGGUCAGAUGUGUGAAUAUAUAGGGACAUAAAGACUAUUUGCAUAGUGAGAUUCCUUAUCAGAAUGUGUCCUUUAUCAGAGGGGAUGGUACCUUUAUCUCACUGAACACACAAACUUGUUUUCCCCUUGUGUGAUCGAAGGGGGGUGUUUAGUGUCGGUGUGGGGAUAAUGGCAGUGAUUAUAAAUUGGAAAGCAGUUGUGAAAUGACAAAGUGCUUUUAAACCAUUCUCCCAAGUUAUUCAUUUGCCAUCGCGGAGUUAUUAAUGUCGUCUAAUGAUGGAUCGUUAACUUAAGGCAUAUUAGUCAUGCAAAAUAUCACACUCUUCAAAUGAACAAACUGCCUGCAUUAAAAGAAAGAAAGAAACAGUAGCUUGUAUUCGGAGGGCAAGCGUGUACUGUUUUGAAGUGUGUUUAAAUACACUAGGCGAUACAUUUCUAUAGGGUUUGUGUCUGGACACGGACGUGGACAUGAUGCAGCGCAGAAGACUGUAUCUGUAUCUUAGCAUCCGUCCCUGAGGUUCCCCCACACCACACCCAGUCUUAGAACCAUAUAUGCAAUACAUAGGCUUUAUUAUAUGUUUAGCAGAAGCGGAUUUUAAGCAUUUUAGGUUUCCACAGAAGCUUUAGUAGCCCACUCCUCUACAGAAAGAAUGUAAUCCAUAUGAGUAUCCAUCUGUACAGUUCACCUCUUGUGUUCUGCCACUUUUAGUGCCAAAGGCUCAAAAACACCCUUCAGGCUUCAUGUUUAUUCUGUAUGGCAAGCUGUGUGAAAGGCAAAAUGGAGAGAUCAUAAAGGAAAAAAAAAAGAAAGAAAGAAAAGUAUUUAAUAAUCGGAAAUUGCCGUUUUGUCAACCAUUUGUGUUUUCAGAAAUUAACAAUUCUUAUUUUUUUAAAAAACCGGGAGCCCUCUUUUAAGACGCAUCGAUUCAUAAUAUUUCAGACUUUGCUACAGAAGCUCUUACAAGCGAGGUCUAAAGGGCUCUCUAUCAGUACUAUCAGUACCGUUUUCCUCUCAGCUAUACUCAGUGAAGAAAUAAAUAACAAUCACGUUUUGAUAUUGAGAUUUGAUAUCUCAUUUUUAUUAAAAAUGUCUCCUUUUUGGAAUAUAUAUAUAUAUAUAUAUUGAAAAAAACAAAAACAAAAAAAAAACACCACCUACUCGGUAGACAGGGAAUGAAGUGGUAAAUAAGAGGUCUUCUAGCUGCUCAUUCAAGUGUGUCUACUUUCACACGGGUAAAAUGCCAAAACCAGCUUGACCAAAUCUCAUUUUAUUUGGUUCUCAAAGUUACUCCACAUCUUGUUCUAUGUUGAAGACUAGAGUCUCGCAUCAGAUCUCCUGCCUGUAAUGUGUUUUUAUCCUUUCUCUCUGGACGUGCUUACGUUUCUCGAUGUCUUAUAAUGUGAACUAUGUCAGUAUGUAAUGAAGAAAUGUUAUGCUUUACUGUUUUCUAAAGCACAGGUUCUGCUUAUUUUGUAUCUUUUAGGUCUUUUAUGACCUAGUCCUGUUGAAUGGUUCAUGAGCAAUCCACACCUUAACUACAGCCGUCUCAUUUUGGUGAUAAGUCAUUGUAUUAUUUACUGGAUGAAAUCAUGAAACCAGGCCAGCAAUUCACCGUGAAUAGUCCGAAACGGAACAAGCACAUGCAUUAUUAUUAUUAUUAUUAUUAUUAUUAUUAUUAUUAUUAUUUGUAUUAUUUCAUGUACUCAUUUACUAUUAGAUGAGUACUGUUCAGGAUUAAUGGAAAGUGGUCCGGAUGUGUGUUUUUCUUACGUCUCCGUUUCUUCGUGGAGAAGGCCGGUGGUGCUGUCUUUCUUUUGAGCUGAUAAAUGGUGCUAAUGUUUUAUACACUUUGUUAAGAAAAAAAAAAAAGAAAGAAAGCGUAUGCUUUUGCAUUGGAGCAGUGGAUGGUAAAAAGAGUCGCUUUUCUGUGUCUGGUGCUCUUGAAUUUUGUACAAGCUCAUUUCUCCAGGCUGUGUGUGUGGGGGGGGUGGGGUGGGGGGGACAACAACACAAACCCAUAUGUUCUUUUUUUCUUGUGUUAGUAAAAGCAGAAAUAUCACGACUGCACCAUCCAUCCCCAUCCAUGCAACUAAGAAAAACAGUUUCCGGCAAAGCUUCAUUACUCCUAAGCUUUUUCUAAACACAGCUCCACCUGCCUUUUUCAGACCCUGUUGGGGCUGAAGUGCAGAAACUGUUAAGACUGUACAGGCACAAGAUUUUUUCUUUUUUGGUUUGUUUUUGUUUUGCAUGUGAAAGUGAAAAUCUCACACCUGCAGUGUAUCUGAGGGAGUGUUAGCUAUUCAGGCCUGCAUUAAGACAUCAGUGCUAUACUUGACAGACAGGCUGUAAGAAGAUUAUGGGAGUGCUCUUCGAAUGCCCGGCACUCUGAGGGCCCUGUUUAGAGACCUGGACAGUGCCAAGACGCCUCAGUGCUGGCGUGUGUGGUCUUUUGUUUAGACGCUUCCCUUUUUGGCGAUCAUACUGGAUCGGUCACGAUUUAGUGGAUUUCUUUUCUUUUUUAUUAUUAUUAUUAAAAGCUCAGCAGUUUCAGGUUUUUCUUUUUCAUUUCUCAUACCUCUGAAUGUUCUCACCUUACAUUAAGCUGGCCAUUAAUCCCUCAACCUGCGUGUGCGUUGUUAAACAAUUGAGUGAAGAACCUGAUAAGGGGAAGGAUGGAUAUUUCAGCAGAGAGAGGCAUUGUAAAGCCCUUCACCAGCAAGCCUCUCUGCUAGGACUGCAUCCUGAACGUAUUGCCAUGGUGACACUGAUUGAAAGGUGCUAAACGUUUGGUCAGUGAUUGCGGGUUGCCAGGUGUUUCAGUUACAUGCGUGGCUACACCCAUCAGUCUUAACAAGGCACCGACCUCUCCACCUUUUUUAAACCUGGCUUUCUUUAAACAUCUUGUUCUAUUCUUUCUAAUUGCAUUAAUGACAAGUUUCAGGACCAACCUUGACAGUGGCACCUUCCUAUGAGCCAUAAAUACUGUCCAUUGUUUUUUAAAUUGUAUUUAUUUAUACUGUAAAAAUAAUUGACUCUCUGCAGUAGCCUGUUUUUUGAUAUGUCAUGAGAUCUGGUGUCCUUUUUUUUUUUGCAUUCAGUUAUUUGUGUUGUGUUUUUUCUUUUGAACACAUACAGGGCUUAAAAAAUGAACGUCACAUAAAAACUGUCCUUUCUUGUCUUUCUGCAUGUAGUCUUACGCCUAUAAUUCCAUUGAAAUGAUGUGUGUGUUAUUGCUCUUUGGCUACAACACUCCUGCUGUAAAUCUGAUCAGGUUCGACUGCGAGAGUGUCUCAUCUUUGCUCGGAUGCUUCGUUGUGUUUAUGAGGAGGAAAAAUGUGCAAUAUACAUCUCUCAGAUGGAUCCUGGUUUCAGCUCAAGAAACUCCAUUGCUUUUUUUUUUCUGUUUCCGUCAGGUGCUCAGGUCACUGAACGAAUACUUUCAGUCCUCAUCUCACACACAUUCUACAUUAAUGUUUCAUUCUCAUCAACUUAUUCCUUUGGGGGUUAAACUUUGGCACUUAAUGUGGUGCCAUGUUUCUUUUUGUGUCUUCAUUAACUGUAUUAUGAUUAUUUAUUGCACAUGUAAUAAGGAUGGUUUCCAUGGCUACACUUAAAGGAGUCUGAGUUUAAAACUAGGCUGGAGUUUCUUACAAUUUUAUGGACGCUUUUGUUGAAAAAUUUAAAAGUGUGUAUUUCAUGAAUAAAUGCCUUAAAAGA